CGGGAGGACCCCUUCGUGCAGUCUACUUGGAUUGGUUAAUUGAAUGAAAUGAUGCACGUGAGCAUGUUUCCUGGUGCCCCGAUUACCGCGUGCCUCAGAAGUAAGGCCGCCAGACGACGCUGGUUUCAUAACUUGAAUUUUAUGGCAAGUAUUUCAGCGCUAUUAGAAGCAGAUUUUCGCGUACAACGAGUACUGUUGACGUCGAUAUCAGCACUGGUGACUUUGGUCCAAGGACGAGGGCAACGGCCUCCGUGACUUUAUGUCCUUGGCAUUGUGCAACUGUUUCUUGAUAUGUAUCUCUACUCGAAAAAACGCGUACUUGACGUGAAAAAUCUGCUCGUAAAAAGCACUGUACUUGAACCUGUCUCUCACAAAGUCCGGAAACCUUUAUUACUCUGAUCCUUUAUAUAUAUAUUUUUUUCUCUCGCUACGAAAUGUUGUCGAAUACUUAAAAUCAGGAUUAGGCACAAACGCUAGCACGUGGUAGGGAGAAGAACAAGAUUACCACGAAAAUAUCUUUUUCUCGACGAAACCGGUUCCAUUCCUGUUCUGUGCACAUUUCACACGAGCACUUGCUGAACUCCUUCAUCUGGAGCAGGGCAAAUCUAGGGCAAUGGUGACUCCUUAUUCUGGGGCAGGGCAAAUGUAGAGCAUUAUAAUGACUGUGGGUGGUUUCAGGGACCGUCUCUAUGAUUUGUUCGGAUCUAGCUCAGCAGAGUGGAAGUGGUCUCUCUUCACGAUGUAAAAGAUCCACACUUCAAUAGCACACAACAACUAUGAUUCCAACAGUUUAACAGCUCAGCUACGCACAGAACACUCUAGUGACUUAACGUAGUAAUUAUAAGUCAUGGGUCUUGUGUAAUUGGGACCUAGCCCUAUGUGGAGACGUUGUACAGAGGUGACUGUUUCCUUUAGUCAACAAUAUGAAUAGAAAUAAGCCAAGAAGCACCGAUGACGAGAGUAAGAUUCCAAUGAACCCCAAUGGGAACGAGUCCAAAACCGCCAUUCUGUACAACAAUCAUAAAGUGUCGAACGGCAAUGAAAACAACAGAAAACUCCUAGCGGUCGUUAAUGAAAACACUGUUGUUCCUAACGAACACUACGUAGACGACAUCGCAACGCCUUACUGUGGAUUGGGUUCUUUCAGACCAAAAUGGCUACAGACUUUGGCGAACAAGAAGACGUUUGUGGCGAUAUUCUGUCUCACUAGCGUACUGCAGGGUAUGUACUCCACGUACUUCGUGAGUGUGUUAACAACGAUUGAAAAGCUCUACCGGGUGGAAAGUAAAACAACUGGAAUUAUCUUGUCGGCCACGGAAAUUGGACAAAUAGGUGGCGCUUUCUUUUUAACUUAUUAUGGUGGCCACGGUCACCGUCCGAGGUGGAUAGCAUUCGGAACUUUAUUAUUCGCCACGGCAUGCUUAUUUUGUUCUACCCCACAUUUCCUUUUUAAGAUAGAUUAUCCAGCUUAUAGUGACCAAGAUAAGUCUGAUAAUCAGACUUACCAAACUCUUUAUGAGCUGCGUGCUGAACUAUGUCAUGGCAGCUUAGUGGCCUCUCAUGGAGAUACCAGAAUCCCGACCGAUACUUGGGAGUCAUUGAUUGACUCCAACAAUGAAAAUACUACCUUACCGUUACAAAAUCAGAGCGCUAUCUGGCGAAGAGAUUCGGCAACUAAUAAAUCCUCCACCUACCCACCUACACUCGAAUCUUAUUGGUAUGAUAACAAUUCAAAGAGCAGUUUUCCUGAUGUGCCGAACAGUUCAAGUCAGACAACUGGGUUUGUUCUUGCGAUAUUUUUCAUCAGUCUUCUGUUUAUUGGAAUCGGAGCUACUGCAGUUUACACCCUUGGUAUUCCUUACAUCGACGACAACGUAGCCACACGAGAUUCCCCGAUGUAUUUUGCUAUUACUAUUGGUGUCAGGAUAUUUGGCCCGGUCUUUGGUUUCCUGUUGGGAUCAUUUUGCAUUGGUGUAUAUGUAAAUUUUCCAUUUGAAACUGCUAAGCAUCUGACCGCUGAUGACCCACAAUGGGUUGGUGCUUGGUGGUUAGGCCUAUGUAUGGUUGGUGCCACGUUAUUUCUGACAGUUAUCCCAAUGGCGUCUUUCCCUCGCCAACUUCCCCAGUCUUACUCCUCUCCACAACGCCAGGUGGCGCAUGUACAGCUGAAUGGUCAGAUGAAAGGAAAGACGUGUAACAACAACCAACAGGAAAAGGCAUUACUCGGCAAACACAGCUGGAAGAAAAAUAACACCUUGAAAUGUAAGUCACACAAAAAUACUGUAAAGAUUUGUCACCGUUAGU